AAAAUAAAAAAAUAAAAAAAAUAUAUGUAUAUGUACCUAUAGGCUAUAACGUAACUUACAUAGCACUAAUUGAUUAUUUCGUUUCCUCUGUGUGUGCUUAAUCCAAUCCAAUCCAAUCCAAUCGAAUUCAAUAAUGAGUGGCAAUCGACGGCCCCGAUUCACUUUAGAGAUAGACGGAAAGGUGGAUCCUCAUGCAGAUAACACAGAUGAUUACGAAGCUUUCAUAAGACGGUUGCGUCACCGUUUGGGAGAGAGAUUUUCGCGAAAUGUUCCCGCACUUGCUGUUCAAUCCAAUCCACCGCCGGGAUUCGCAGAUGUCAUCAUACAGGUUGAUACCGUUCGGGUGAGAUUCAGGUUACGUAAUGACAAUCUGUACUUGAUUGGGUUUGAGAGAAGGAACAAAGACUGGUAUGAGUUCGAAGGGUCUUCACUGAUUGGGGGGUCAAAAAAUGUGGGGUUCGGGUGUUCGUACGUGUCACUAUCACAGGCGGGACCAGGGAUUGUUGAGACUAACAUUGGGCGAUCCUAUUUAGAAACAGCCAUAGUCAAUCUGGACAAUACGAAUGAUGAUGAUAAAGACGCGAAACAGACUAGGGCAAUAAGCCUGACGGUUGUGAUUUUCAUGAUAUGCGAAGCAGCGCGUUUCGCUCCGGUACUAGCCCACAUGACGAGGCUUUCUCAGGGGACAUCAAAUGAGUCCUCCAAAAUCCCUAAUUGGAUGCUCAAUUUGGUGCGCAGCUGGGGCAACUUGUGCGGAUUCUUAUGGCGCCUUGAUGCCGACCCGGAGGCCAAUCCCCCUGCCGAGCGCUUCAUGCUUCCCGAGAAUGAUAGGAUAGAUCUGCCGCCGGGAGUACAACCGGACAUCACGCAAGUGCAGAACAUCCAACAUAUUGUUCAGGUAGUGGCUCUCUUGUUGGGACUUUGCUACACUCAACCACCCAAGACAAUGUCACUUGCAUCCGCCGUCUUACUAAACAACAACAACAAUGAUAAUAAUAAUACUGACAAGUGCUUUGUGGGCAUGCCGAUGUUGCAACUCUUCUCGAUCGAGAUCAAGGGAUCAGUCGGCAGCAACCACACUUAUGAUGCAAUAUUUGGGACCAUCACAAUCAAUAACGGCCUGUCCACACGCACUGUCUACAACCGCACAAAGGACAAACCCGAGCCCCUCUCCACCACCAACAUUUAUCCCAAUAUGCCCUUAGACAAACCUCUUGCUGCUUUUCUCGAGACUCAAAUCGUUCUCAACUUGCUCCUCAGGUUCAAUGACGAACUCAUCUUCACCCAAACAGAUAAUAAUAGUUACCGUGUAGAUGACGAGGGUCUCAUCAUACACAGCAACAACUACAACUCCUACUCCAGUAGGUUGGCUCAUCAGGGCACAUUGGUGAGUCACACCAUUUUGUGGGAUGCUUUCAACCUCGGCACUCCAUAUGACCGACUCAUAUCUGUCCCAUUACAGGGUGGGGCCUCCGGCUCUGCUACAGUCACUGCCCGUUACGCAGUGAUGAGAGAUGCUAUGGCCGCCACCGUUUUUGUUAAUCUUGCGGAAGCGAGCGACUCCACCUCCCAAGUGUACGGACAGAUUUACGCGCAUUAUGGCGAUUGGGGGGAUGCCGAUGCCAGAAUAUGGUUGUUUGAUUCGCCCAGUCGAGACUAUGCUUCGGUACAAACACACGCCAACAUUCCCUUGUUGCAGUCUACUGUUGCCGUCCCACUCACCGCCACUAAUCUCAAAAUCACUGCACGUCUCUAUGAUCAUAACACCAUAUGGAGUGACGAACUACUUGUUGAUCAAACUUUUGUCUUUCCUAUCCCGCAUGCCUUUACAGGUAGUACCACCCUAAACGGCGACAAACAUCGCAACAAUAUGGUCAAGAUCCAAGUCACUUGGAGCUCUGGUUUAUAAGUUACUACUACUAGUGCGUGCACAUUAUUAUUAUUAUUAUUAUUAU